AAUUUAUUGAGAGUUGUAGAGGUGUGGAUGGAUGAAUAUAAGAAGUAUUUCUACAAAAGACGACCUCACCUCAAAGGUCAAGACUUUGGUGAUAUCAGUGCUCAGCUAGCACUAAAAAAAAAAUUAAACUGUAAAAGUUUUAAAUGGUUUCUUGAGGAAGUAGGACCAGAUAUUUUGAAGUAUUACCCACCAGAGGAGCCAGAACCUGCAGCAUGGGGAGCGAUUAAGAAUGUUGCCAAGGAUGUUUGUUUAGAUGGUAGUCAUGGCAAUGAAGGGAUGAGACUGAAAGCAAAAAUGUGUCUAGCAACAAAUGAGAGAGAAAGCAGUGAUCAGGACAAAGGUCAAUUAUACCAUCCAAUAUCAGGGAAGUGUCUUGAGUUUAGCAGUAAAAGUAAUUCAGAGGAUGUCUACAUGGCAAACUGCAAUGAACAAGAACUCAAUCAACACUGGCAGUUUGCACAUUUCAAUUCUUCCAGACUUGAUGAAAUUAAUAAAAAUUCUAGGUGA